AAACCCACUCCUCAUAUUUAAUAUAAUGACUUCUUCUAUCGAUCAAAAGCCUGACAUCCAACACCAUGAGGCUGUUAAUGUUGAUAUGAGCCAUCACAGUGACUCCAACUAUGACGCUGAAAAGGCUAUCACUCAAACUGCUGCUCAAAUGCAUGUAAACACAUUGCUUCCAAAUGGUCUUUCCAAGUUCCAACCAGCUCCUAUUGGUUUCGGUGCAUUCGCCUUGUGUUCAUUUGUCCUUGGUCUAUACAAUACUGGCCUCAUUGUUAAUUUACCACAAGUUGCUGUGGGUGUUGCUUUCGGUUAUGGUGCUAUGGGUCAAUUCAUCUGUGGUAUUUGUGAAUUAGUUCUUGGAAACAUGUUUGCUGCUACAUCCAUGUUGACAUUCUCUGGUUUCUUCCUUACAUAUGGUAUUAUGAUGAUUCCUAGCUCAGGCUUCUUUGAAUUUGCUAUGGCCAAUGGUGGACUUAAGACAGUUGAGUUAUGUAUGGGCCUUGUUCAAGUUGGUUAUGCCAUUGCCGCUUUCUUGUUCUUGCUUGGUACUUUGCGUCAACCUAUCCUUAUUCGUCUUGUUCUUUUACAAGUUUUCUUGGCCUUCUUGUUUGGCGGUAUUGCUGGAUUAUCUGGUAUUCAUGGUUUUAAUCUUGCAAGUGGUUGGGUCUCAUUUACAUUGUCCCUUACUGCUUGGUACGUUAUGUGUGCUCUCUUGUUCACUCCUGAGCACACUAUGAUCAAGUUUCCCUUCUUUUAAAGAGAGAAAAUGUCACUUUAAUGCUAUAUAUAUACACAUACAUACAUUUAUUGCCUUCAUUUGUUAAUUAUACCAAAGGAUUUUUUUCUAUUAACACAUUUUACACAAAGCCAGGUGCUAACCAUUUAAUACAUAAUAAACCUUGAUAUCAUAAAUACUUCAUGCGAUUCGUAUUUAGUCAAGACCACUAAAUGAGUCCUUUAACUUGUUGAUAUUCACUUACUUAAGGC